AUGCCCACUCAGGGUGACCAACAGGACAACUGCGGCUCCGUAACUCCCGGAGUUCUAAAGUCCUUUUUACCACAUGUUCAGGAUCGUCUUCGGUCCUUCUCCCUGGGCCUAUCCUACUCCCUCACAAACCAUGACGUCUUUACAUUUAUAGGCCAACUUCAAGAACUGGAGCACGUUCGACUGCGAUAUUAUUGGCAACUCAAGCCUCCCCCACAACAACCAUCCCUCACCCACCUGCGCCACUUCACUGUAGAUCACUCACGCGUACAAACUCGAUACGAAGUUCGGAGCUUUUGCAAAUGGGUCCGAACGGCCAUCGCAACGUCACCCAUCGAAGCCCUCUCUCUCGUUUCGGAUGAGGACGGGGAGUAUCUCGGUGCAAAUCUAUCUUUUGGCAGCCUCAUCGACCACAUGACCAAGAAGCACGCCUCGACAGUCCGUUUCCUUGACUUUAGAUCGGCAUUCGUCGGCAUAGACGCUCUGGAAAUGUUAUUCCGGUGUUGUACAUCUCUAGAAGAGUUCUAUAUCUCAGCCGGUCCAACCGCACUUAUAAUAUUCCGAGAACAUUUGCCCGGGUUACGCUAUCUCCACUCUGCUUCCUUUCAACUGUGCAACGUCAAGCGGAACAAGUUUCGAUUAUCGCACGAAGAAGCGACCUCCAUGAUUCAGGGAGGUUCUCCGACGUUUAGGAGACUGGCUAUUAAUGGCACCAAAUGGGAGGGCAAUUGGAAAUCCACGGACGAGGGCGAAGUCAUUUUUGUCGUUGAAGAAAUCCACAAGAAAAAAACAUUGGUAUAAUUUUCUUCCAUCCUAUAUACCUGGAUAAGCUCUACAUUCAAUGUGAUUCCGUAUUCGCGGUCUUCUCGGACAACGCUGCUUCCUGCUGCAAUUUCCUUUCCUCA